GAUAAGAGCAAAUCGUAAUUGAAGAGCAGUUUCGCAAUAUCGCUCUGCAAUUCUGGUUGAAUAACACACACUCAUGAAUGCGCAAAACAUUGGACAAAAUCUGUCAAUGGACUGAUGUUUCUGUAAUUUGUAACGCGAGACUUUUACAUCAAAAUUAAUGAGAUUAGAAUUAUUAGAAAUAUUCUCGCGGACAACGGUGUAUAUUGACCCUCGCCUCGAAAUAUCGUUUCAAUAUUUUUCGUUUUCUAAUUUUACUAUUAAUAUACAUACGUGUAAUAUACAUACAUGUUUCAUUUUGUAUUGACAUAUAGUAAAGACGAAUGGUAUAUUAACGAUCUCAAAGAUUUUUCAAGGAUUACGAAUUUGAAUUUUAAACGUAGAAAACGUGAAUUGUAUUCAUUCGUGAGAGUGGUUAUCGUUACUUACAAGAAGGACCGAGAUGGCUGAAAGAAGAGAAUUUUUUACAUGUCGGGAUGUGCUUUGGUACCUCGUUUUUUGUGGUUUCGCCAUCAAUUAUAUGUUGAGAUUAAACUUGCAUUUGACAAUUGUGUCAAUGGUAAUACCUCCUGAAACACCUGGAAAUAAUGGUGUAACCACACCUUCGAAUAUUUCAAUUUUAAAAUAUAAAGAUCGAUUUGCAUGGAACGAAAACGAACAGAAUUUAGCUUUGGGAUCUUAUUUCUGGUUACAUUGGACAACGCAAAUUCCUGGUGGGUUUUUAGCAAGAAAUUAUGGCACGAAAAUUGUUUUUGGAAUGGGAAAUUUAUUACCAGCAAUUAUUGGCUUCAUUAUCCCGAUUGCAACAUAUCAGCUUUAUGUUCUUGUGAUUUUACGAAUUCUUCAAGGUUUUUUCGCAGGUGUUGUGUGGCCUUCUAUGCACAAUAUGACUGCCAAAUGGAUUCCUCCAAAUGAGAGAAGUAGAUUUGUUAGUUCUUAUUUGGGUGGUUCUGUAGGUGCUGCUAUCACUUAUCCACUUUGCGCAAUAAUUAUUAGAGGACUCAAUUGGGGCGCCACUUUUCACAUAACAUCGUUGAUCGGUGUCAUUUGGUAUUGCUUCUGGUACUUCUUCGCAUUUGACACACCUCAGCAACAUCCUCGAAUAUCUGACGAAGAGAAAAAAUAUAUUUUAGACAGUAUUGCCGAUUCAGUUGAUGAAGAGGUAAAAAAAGUACCUUGGAAAUCUAUAUUAACAUCGAUUCCAGUUUGGGUUGUAAUAAUUUCACAAACGGGUGGAGGAUGGGCUCUCUUCACCUUAUUAACCCACGUUCCAACUUACUUCAGCGUCAUUCAUGGAUGGAAUAUUACCAUGACUGGUAUUAUUUCUGGAGCUCCACAUUUAUUGAGAAUGGUUUUCUCAUAUUAUUAUUCAGUCUUUAGUGAUUGGCUCAUAACUAAUAAGAAAAUGAGCGUAACCAAUACUAGAAAAUUGGCUGUAUUUGUAUCUCUUGGAAUGCAAGGUAUUUUUGUCUGCCUAUUAAGUUUUUGCGGAUAUUAUCCAAUACUUGCAGCAAUUUUCAUGACAUCCGGAGUAACUGUAAAUGGCGCACUUUCCGCUGGUACUUUAGCAACCCUCGUGGACUUAAGUCCAAAUUUUGCUAGUAUUAAUCUUGGUUUUUCUGGAAUGAUAGUAUUAAGCCUUGCAUUUGUUCCACCAAUUGUGACCGGUUUUUUGACAGUGGAUAAACAAACCGCAUUGCAAUGGCAAAAAGUUUUUCUUAUAAGUGGUGGUGCUUCUGUGCUUGGGACUAUUGUAUUCUUAAUAUUUGGAACGGCAGAGGAGCAACCAUGGAAUAAAUAUGCACAGUGGCUCUGCGACGUUUCUUGAAUUGGCAAGCAAUUGGCAAGCUAUAACGUUAAACGACAUUGAAAGAAAAGAGAAAUUAUAUUACAAACUACUUUACCAAAACGACAUGUCACUCGCGGUACUCCAUCUGUUGCAUCAGGUGAGCUUGCUGUACCUAAAGUUUCAUGCGUAGUAAAAUAUAUAUACACAAUAUGUUUUGUACUUUUUACCGUCAUCUUAUGUAUAAUAU